AUCCGGAUCAGACGCCCCUUCUCGUCCUCGUGACGAAGCGCAAGGGAAACCGAAACGAACAUGAAAAACAAAUUCGGACGCCCUCUAGAUAGUCUCCCCUCUCGCGCCUCCGUGGUGGUGUGCACGCAGGUGGUGUAGGGUCCGCUGCACGAGAGUCGGCCAGAUGGGCAAAGCAACCAGUAUCCUCGCUCAACAUGGGUACACCACCCAGGCCACCGCAGACGACGGUGUCGUCGCAAAGUCAAAGGAAGGGGAACUCCGGAUGAUCAAGAUCUGCGAGGUCUCCAGCAGCAAAUGUGAGGAAGUGAAGGCAGAGAUCCAAACUCUCAUUGGUAUAAACCAUCCUAAUAUUGUGAAAUACAGAGAAACAUUUCAAGAUGGAGACCAUCACUACAUAGUGAUGGACCACUGUCAGGGUGGAAAUCUCGCCGAAAGGAUAAAGAAGAGGGGGUCCACACAAAAGUUCCAGGAAGACGAGAUACUCAACUGGAUUGUUCAAAUUUGCAUGGCUCUGAAGUGUUUGCAUGAAGGAAGUCUACAUCAUGAAAACCUGAUGCCCGAGAGGAUACUUCUCAAGGAAUUUGAAACGGUUUGCUUGGGAGACCUUGUGAAAUUUGUCAGAAGAACGGAUAUCAAAUCGAGACCCUCAGAACGAGCCAUAUGUUACUCAAGCCCCGAGACACUGGCAUGUGGAAUUUAUGAUGCCAAAAGUGACAUUUGGUCAGUGGGCUGUGUGCUGUAUGAGCUUUGUAUGCUGGAAUCAGCAUUCACAGCGGAGAAUACAGUCAGACUGAUCCCAAAAAUAGUGAACGGUCCAUACCCAUCUCUCCCAGGGGAUUUCUCACCAGAGCUUUGCCAGCUACUGAAUGAUAUCUUUCAAAAGGAGCCUUUUCUAAGACCUACAGCCACUGAAAUCCUGGGGAGACCCUUUAUCAUCACUUUUCUCUCAAGAAAGCUCAAAUCAACAAUUGAGAAACUUCCAUCGAGCUUGGUUGAACUUGGGACCUUGGCUGAUGGCCUGGAAAAAUUGCACCAAGGCACCACUAUUGGAAGCCUGACAGGGGGGGUCAUCGGGGCAGCUGGGGGUAUUACCUCCAUAGUGGGCCUCAUUUUGUCCCCAUUUACUCUGGGUGCCUCUCUGGUGGUUACUGGGGUAGGUAUCGGGGUGGCAGUGACCGGUGGGGCCACUGCCGGCAUAUCAAAUAUCACCAACAUGGUAAACCAGUCCAGUGAUCGCCAAGCCAUCAGAAGCAUUGUUCAGGAAUUUGAUGAGAGGAUGAGCUUUGUGGUGACGUGUCUCCAGGUGAUUAAUGAGGGCUUGGAAAUGCUCAAGCAGCACGGUGACUGUCCUGAAUCUGAGGAGGGUAACAACGACUCACUAAAACGGAGUAAAUUGUUUGCCAAUGUUGGGAAAGGCCUCGGUGGCAUUGGGGAGCUGGUGCGACUGAUUCAAGUGGUGAGACUGGGCAAGAUCGCGGCCCAGACGGCCAAGGUACUCCGUGUGGCUGAAGUGGCAACUGGGGUUCUCGCCACUUUGUUUUUGGCCAUCGAUGUGUUCUUCAUUGCAAUGGAUGCCAAGGAAAUCCAUCACAUUCGAGAGGCACAGGCAGAAAAUGUGACACACGAAGGGAGCACCAGCAGGCUGCAGUUGAUGGAAGAAGAGUUUGAUGAUGAGGGUGCGUCCCACACUGAUACAAAAACGGAAAGGAUCAAAUCCGAGACCAUGAAGUUUGUCUACAAAAUCAGGCAGACCGUUCAACAUCUGCAGGGAGUCGUGAAUGAGCUAAAUGAAGUCGUCGCACUCAUUCCUUGAGUUUAACAAUGUUUAUGCUUUUAUUAUAUAUAUA